UGUGUGUCACAAUUCACUUCCGGAGAGUGCUCACGAGCUGUUGCAGCGCGCGAGAGGGGCUGUCAAAUUACUAAGGUCAUAAUGGCUGACAGUGCCGACGUUACGCCGGUGGUGAGCAGUCAGCCUCCUGCGAAAGAGGAGCAGGGAGGAGGAGAAGGUGGAGGAGGCUCGGAGGGGGAUGCAGGAGGCGGGUUGAGUGAUGCCCAAACGGAGGUGUUGGAGAGGUGUCUUCAUGCUCUCAGGCAUGCUAAAAAUGACAGUCACACGUUGGCUGCUCUACUGCUGAUAACUCGCUUGUGCCCAGCAAGCCAGCUCGACAAACCCACCUUGAGGCGCAUCUUCGAGGCCGUGGGGCUCAACCUUCCAGCUCGGCUUUUGGUGACGGCGGUCAGAGGGAAUGACAACCCGGGCUUACCCCCACACGAGCUCCUUUCGCUGGGCACGGCUCUGCUGGCCGCCCUGAGCACAGACCCAGACAUGGCCUCCCAUCCCCAGCUCCUCACCACCAUCCCGCUCCUGCUGGGCAUUUUAUCAAAUGGUCCCGUGAGCCAGCAGAAACAGGCAGCGCGGGAAGAGAACCAAGCUGGAGAAAAUGGGCCAGAUUGUAAAGUCCAAUCAACAGAGAGUGUAAACACAGAAAGUAAUCCUGCCAGUGUGGCAAAAUCGGCAGGAGAGGACAAGACCAGCAAGCAGAAGGGCGACGACGGCAGUGAAGCAAUCAAAGAAUCAACACCUCAAGAAACCUCCCCCUCCUCCAUGCUCGACGAGGCCAUGGCUGCUGACUGCUACCAGGUUCUCACAGCUGUGUGUGCCUUACCCAGAGGUCCUGACCAGCUGCUGAGCAGGGGGGCCAUACCCGCUCUGUGCAAAGCAGUGCAACAAAACCAGACUUUCAGCCGCGAGAAGGGGCUCGUCUUGCUCGGUGGCCUCGUCUCAGGUAAAACCAAGGACAAAGCGUGGAGUAGACAGCCUGCAGAACUCCUCGCUCUGCUGGUAAAGCUCUCAAAAGACUUCUGCCAAGCCAGAGACCAGACCAGGUUGGACAUGUGUGCCCAGUUGGUGCAGUUUCUCCCCCCAGUAGGAGUGUCAGCCGAGAGUGAGGAGCUGAAGGGAGUCGUGGCACGCGUGUGGGGGGUCCUGAGGCCCAUGUUGCAGGCCAAGUUGACGCCGAGACAGAUCGGGCCGAUCCUGGUCCUCAGUGCUUGUCUGCUGGAUUUGUGUGGAUGGGAGCUGGUGGGACCGCCAAAGUUCUGCUGCCUACUGGUGAACCGGGCCUGUGUGGAGGUCAGAAUGGGUUUGGAGGAACCGCCUGGCAACGAACUGAGCCCGGAGCUGCAGCACACACUCACAGGCUGUUACCGAAUCAUGGAGGCUGCCAUAGAGCAGGCCUGCUGUCUGGGAGUGUCACAGACCACUGCUCCUCCUCAGACCUCCAUCUCCACACUCAGUCUGCAGCAGAGCCGGCAGGUCCUCGGUGUGCUGGAGGAGGCCUUCUCUGCUUUAAUGUACCACCUGCAGCAGGUCGAUCCGAGUCGCUAUGGUGACCCUUUUAUCUUCGCCACAUUCCGCUCUCUGUGCUCGUGGCUGGCCGAGGAGACUUCCUGUCUGAAGGAGGAAGUGACUGGACUGCUGCCGUUCUUGAUCGGCUACUCCCGGAGCCACCUGCAGGGUGAGAGCACAGAUCAGGGCCUCUCUGAUUGGAUGGCCGACAUGUCCGUCAGAGAGGAGAGGGGGCCGUGGACGGGCAAAGAGGCUCUGAGGUAUCUCCUCCCGGCUCUGUGCCACCUGUCGGCAGAGGAGGGUCCCAGGAAGGUGCUGCUCACCCUCGACACUCCGGCCCUGCUGGUGGACUUUCUGUCUCAGAGCUGGACCCCCCUCAAGGGGAAAAGUGGCGUGGCGUCGGCCAGGGAUCCCAGCAUGGAGACGGCCUGCUCGGCCCUCCUUAACUUCACCGUCACAGAGCCGGAGAGAGUCAGAAAGGACCCGUGUUUCAAGACGCUGGAGGCCCUUCUGAGUGAAGCACUCCCUGUUUUAGUGCAUAAACCUCAUCUGCUGGUCCUAGCAGCAAAUUACUGCACACUGGGACUAAUGAUCGGCAGGCUCAAAUCAGCUCCUUCAGGCUCAGUCGAAGCCAGCCAGAGGCGCUUCUUCUCCACAGCUCUCCGGUUCCUCCGCAGCGCCCUGGACUCUGGCUCCAGCCCCGGCCCAGUUAAGGUGAGCCCCAGCUGGGAGGAGAGUUGGGACGACGCCGCGGAGCUCUGGAGGUUGAGUCUGCAGGCUCUGGGAGGCUGCGUCCGCGCUCAGCCCUGGAUCUCCACCCUGGUCAGAGAGGAAGGUUGGCUCAAACACAUGCUCGCCACGCUAAGUCAGUGUAGCGCACUACCUGAGCUGCACACUCAGGGGGCGCUAGAGGAAGCUCUGUGUGCCAUGGCAGACCAGUGCCCGGUCUGUAAACUGGAGAUUGGAGACAUGAUGAGAAAGGAUAAAGGAGCUUUGAGCUGUAUGAGGAACCUGAAGAAGUCAGUGGGAGUGAAGUGAUAUUUAUCUGCUACUAAUGGAGUAUUUUUAACUUGCAGAGUUGAAAACAAAUAAAGGAGGGCUACGACUGAAGUCAAACGUGUGUGUUUAUUACCUGUACCAAUCUGACAUGAAUAAUGUGUUACCAGACUUUCUUAUGAGGAGAAGAAAAAAAAGGCCCCAGACUCUGUUGGUCUAGUGAUCUUUGCAAAUAAGCUCGCAUUGAAAAGAGAACGGAAAAUGAUGAUGCACAAACACAUUUUGUUUAUGAACGGUGUAAUGCAAUGUAAAUGUUCAGACAGCUGUGCUCUGGAAAGGCACCAGCAGUCUCUUACGUGUCAAUUGUGAAAUGUUAAUGCCUUUAAUAAAGAGCUAUUUUGUUAGAAAAACCAA